AUGGAAGUGUGUCGUUUACAAGUUGUUGCCUCUCGGGCCACAAUACGCUGCAGACGAAUUAUAAAUCAGAGUUCCCGCCCUCUAUUACAAUGCGUGCCAAUGACGUUUGUGAGGUUGGACCGCGGUGUACACAUGCAAAGUAUCACUACGAACAUGCAGUAUUUAAGCAACGACAGCAUUAAACUCAAGGUGGAUCCUAACACUAUGAAACUCGACCAAAAUAUAAAGAAGCCGUUAUGCCUUAUGAUGAUCUACAUGACGGCUAAACCAAAACAUGUGCUGAAAUACGCAGAUUUGUACCUGACGAAAGACUUUGACGUGAUAUCUGUUUCUUGCACGCCUACGCAGCUAAUGUGGCCCGCCAUGGGAUCACAGGUGAUAGCGGAUCGAUUGCUGUCGUUUCUGGAAUCGAACAGCUCGGAGUUUACGCACCCAUUGGUAGUACACGGUUUUUCGAUCGGCGCUUACCUGUGGGCUGAACUACUAGUUCAAACACCAAGAAACAAGAAACGAUAUCAACCAAUUCUGGAACGCAUAGCCGCACAAAUAUGGGACUCACCUGCUGAUGUAGACGAGGUCCCUAUUGGAGCUCCUCUUGCCGUAUUCCCUAAUAACAAGUUCCUACAAAAUAUAUUCAGACUCUACAUCAGAGCUCAUAUGAAAUUGCUACACAACGUUGCAACUAAACAUUAUAUGCGGGCGACGGAGGUAUAUCAUGCAAGCCCUUGCAAAGCUCCCGGCUUGUUCCUAGUCUCCAAGACUGAUCCUAUCGGAGCUGAGAAGAGAAGUAGACGAGCUGCGGCGUCUUGGGAACAACUAGGGAUCAAGUGCAACUUCAAAUGCUGGGACCGAUCUCCCCAUGUGCAACAUUACUUGCGUCACCCAGAAGAAUACAAGUCCGUAUUGUACUCUCACCUUGAAGAAUGUGGCGUCUUGAAGAACUCUCGCUGA